AUGUGUUGUGUCACCGACCGUCUGGCCCGCGAGCGUCUGCCGAGGCUGGGGUGGGUCAGGGAGAGUCCCACCUCUAAGCUGGACCAAACACAAAUGGGGAAAGCACUGACACCUGAGGUUCAGGCGGGUCAAACUCUGUUCGGCAGCUCCUCCGGUUAUUCUGUUCUGGAGUUUAUUGGUGAAGGCUGCUAUGGUAAAGUGGCCAAGUGCCGAAAUCUGGCAACAAAAGAGUCAGUGGCUGUUAAGAUCCUCAAGCAGGACGUGGAUUUCAUCCCGGACACUGAGAAAGAGGUGUCCAUUUUAGAGGUCAUCAGUGUCCUGAAUCCAGAUCACACUAACGUGGUCAAGUUCUUUGAGCGGUUUGAACAUAUGGGACAGACCUGUCUGGCAUUCGAGAUGCUGGACAGGAGUCUCUAUGACCUGCUCUACGAACGAGACUGGAAGCCACUCGCUCUGAAGGAGAUCCGCAUAAUCGCAAAGCAGCUAUUGGUGGCCUUGGAUGCCCUGAAGGGUCUCGGUAUCCUGCAUACCGAUAUCAAACCCGACAACAUUAUGUUUGUUAAUAUGCAGGACCAGCCCUUUAAGAUUAAAUUAAUAGACUUUGGAGAAGCCAUUCCCACCUCUAAAGUCCAGCUCGGGAUGGAGCUUCAGCCGACUGGGUUCAGAGCUCCAGAAGUUGCCCUCGGCCUCCCCUUCACUGAGGCUAUAGAUGUGUGGGGAGUCGGCUGCGUCCUGGCAUUCCUUUAUCUGGCUGACAAUCUUUUCCCUGUCAAAUGUGAUUAUCAGAUGGAGAUCAAGUCACAUACUCAGACGAACAUUGGGAUGACUGGUCUCCUGAUGAAAGACUACCUCCAUGCUCCUAUUAUGAAGAUCCAGCUGUCUGGUCUUCUGAUGGAGUACUACCUCCCUACUCUUAUGAAAAAGAUCCAGCUGCUUUAUCUUCUGAUGAAGGACUACCUCCCUAUUCUUAUGCUGAAGAUCCAGCUUUCUGGUCUUCCGAUGAAGGACUACCUCCCUACCCCUUUGCUGAAGAUCCAGCCUCCUGGUCUUCUGAUGUAG